AUGGCCCUACCGCGGGUGCAGCUGGUGAUCACUGCAGACGACUUUGGUUAUUGCCCGCGGCGCGAUGAGGGCAUAGUGGAGGCCUUCCUGGUGGGGGCAGUGACCAGUGUGUCUUUGCUGGUCAAUGGCACUGCAGCGGAGAGCGCGGCCGAACUGGCCCGCAGGCAUAGUAUCCCCACAGGCCUCCACGCCAACCUGUCCGAGGGACGCCCAGUGGGCCCGGCACGCCACGGAGCCUCGUCGCUGCUCGGCCCCGAAGGUUUCUUUCUUGGCAAAAUGGGAUUCCGGAAGGCGCUGGCGUCAGGAGACGUGGCGUUGCCUCAGGUGCGGGAGGAGCUGGAGGCCCAGUUGAGCCGAUUUCGGGAGUUGCUGGGCAGGGACCCUACGCAUGUGGACGGGCACCAGCACGUGCACGUGCUACCAGGUGUGUGCCAGGUGUUUGCCGAGGCUCUGCAGGCCUUCGGGGUGCGUUUCACUCGGUUACCGCUGGAGCGUGGUGUGGGCGACUGCACCUGGCUCGAGGCCCCAACGCGGGCCUUUGCCUGUGCUGUGGGACGCGACGCCCGGGCCGCUAUGGACCCCUUUUCCCGCCACGGCCUGCGGUGGACCGAUGCCUUCCUGGGCCUGAGCACAUGUGGCCGCCAUAUGUCUGCCCACCGUGUUUCUGGAGCGCUGGCACGGGCUUUGGAAAACGCCCCAGCAGGUCAUGCCCUGACAGCCGAGCUGAUGGCACACCCGGGCUACCCCAGUGUACCCCCAACUGGGGGCUGCGGUGAGGGUCCUGACGCCUUCUCCUGCUCCUGGGAGCGGCUGCACGAGCUGCAAGUCCUCAUGGCACCUGCAUUGCGCACCCAGCUGGCUCAGGAUGGCGUGCAGCUCUGCGCCCUAGACGUCUUGGACACCAAGAGGCUAGAGGAAAGGAUUUUGGGUGAGGCCACUGUGGAGCCCUCCCUGAACCCUUCCCUACCUUGA